AUGGAGAAGGUAGCAGUUCCUCCGGAGAACGAGUACCAUUUCUGGGAGAGUGAGUUGGAGCUGACCAGGAAGACGUCCAAGGCGCCAGAUGGUAGGAAGUUCAAAUACUUUGACGACAGAGGCAUCUUCAACUUUGUCUUUAUGGCAUGGAUGUCCAAGUGGGCCAGAGAAACAGCAAAGAGAUACCUGGACCCUUAUAUGAUCCACCCACUUCCACUGGCAGACCAGAUACUCUACUGGCAACCAAUCUUCUCAAAACACGUUAGUGAUGGUAUCGCAAGUCUGGAGGCAUAUGAAUACAUGGGUAAGGAUGGGCGAAAGCGAGCCCCCAAACCCGUGAAACACAUUCUCUGCAGAGCCAUCUUCCUUACCUUUUGGAAGAGACUACUCACCAUAUUUGUUGGUGUUGUUGUUAUGAAUGGUGUUGGCAUGAGUAUUGCCAUUUUUCUUCACAAGCUGCUUGGUCUAUUGUCUGAUAGAGACUUUAGGUUCAUGGCAUUUUUAGGAUUGGCCCUCUCCAUCAUCCUCAUGGAAUUGUUCAAGGAAAUUUGCAUGGACCACAUCAACUACUACGUGCAAAGACUCGAAAUUGUUAUGGACUCAGCCGUUCGCACUUCAUUGUUUCAGCAUGGACUAUGCUAUAGAAGGAGCCAAUUUGGGAACUUCCAGGCAAAGGGAGGACAGUGCAACAGUAUCAUUCAUGGAUGUUCUGGAGAAAGCUUGUGCACAUACAAUCCACUUCUCUGCCCAGCUAGACGUUACAAGAACAAUGAUUUCACACCAAAGAUCUAUCCUCUAGUGCUAAAUGACCCAUACUACAUUCCGCUCUUUGUGGAGUUCAUGGCAGGAAUGAUUGAUUUUCUGACGGCCUUCACAUACGGUAUGAUUUUAAUGAGUAGCCAAUUCAACAUGGGAGCAAUGACUAUUCUCUUAAUCUCUCUCUCCUUGGUAGGAUGCAUGAUUAUUAUGGAAGUUCUCAAUGGCCUCCUAAUGAAGUUCUACUUUGGAAUCAGAGACCAUAGAAUUACCAAGAUUAAUGAGGUGAUUCCAAACUUGCUCUUGAUUGAAAGAGUGGCUCUAGAUGAUAUCGGUCAAAAUGCCAUUACAGAGGCUAGAAAUGAUGAACUCAACAUCGUUCUUGUCCGUUUCAUUCUCUCCCUCUUCAACAAGAUCUUGUUUACCGCCAUUAUUUGUGUGGACAUUAUUCUUGUUGUAAAUGAUUUCAUGGGACAAGUUAAGGAUGCCACUGAUGUAAAGAGUAUAAGACCUGCUGAGCUAUUGACUGCAAUAUACAUUCUCAUGAAGAUUAUCAUCCCAUUGAACAUACUUCCUCUAAAGCUGAAACUCUUUGUCUAUACGUUCAGCUCAUUCCUUAGGGUAGACCGUUUCUUCAAAACUUGUUCUCCAAACUUUUACCUUUCGGAUAACCAGUUUACAGGGAAUGCUACUCUACCAGAGAUUGGGCCAGGUAAGGAUAAGAGCAUACCCAAAAGAUUAGUUGUGAUGUUCAAGAAGGCCUCCUUUGCCUGGGUUAACAGUAGGAAGGAUCUCCUAGACAAUACUGGUACCACUUGUCUGAGAAACAUUGACUUUGUCCUCAACUCUGGUAACCUUGCCAUUGUAACUGGUGCCAAAGGUUCUGGUAAGAGUAACUUUGUCAAGGCUAUCCUUGGUGACAUGACUCUUGUUGAAGGAUCAAUGGCUGUAUUGCCUCUCUCUACCAACAUGCCAAUAUUCUAUGCUUCUCAGGAUGUCUGGCUACAAAAGGGUACCAUUAAGUCUAACAUUACAUUUGGUCACAGAUUUGAUGAGGAGCUUUACAAGAAAGUUUUAAAGGCAGUUGAACUUGGGCAUGACAUAUCCACUUGGGAGGGAGGUGACCUGCGUGCUAUUUCUGAAUAUGGUUAUUCUCUCAGUGGAGGUCAGAGAAUGAGAAUUGGAGUUGCUCGUGCUAUAUACACCUACCUAAUAUUCAGCAAGGCCAAUAGGGAAGAAAAUAAUUCAAAAUGUUCCUUCCUUGUGGUAAUAGAUGACUGCUUCACUGGUUUAGAUCCGUUUGUUGCUAAGCUCAUCUUUAGGAACCUCUUUAAUGUUAAUGAUGGGUUAUUGGCAAAGGAUGAUGUAUCUGCAGUACUUACCAUCUCUAGGAAUAUGUUGGAUGCUUGUGUAGCCUCUGAAGAUCCAGAGUCUUUCCCAGAUGCCGCUUUGUAUACGGUGAGGAAUGAGACUCUUGUGCAUGAGAACAUGCUAAGCUCUUUCAUAAGGAAUGAGAUUGGUAAUCUUGAACCUCCAACCCUUUCUGAUGAGAGAAUAUUACCUCCUGAUAUGCCUAGUAGUAUUCGCCAACAAUGCCACUCUGAUGACUAUGCCCGUGGCAGACGUAGAGAGAUUGUUGAAUCCAGAUACGCUGAAUCUCCAACAGUUCAGAUAUUGUACAAAAGAAACGAGGUCAAGGAUGCUAGAGACAAUAUUAUCACACAGUUUGGUGUCUACUUCCGUGCGGCGGGUUGGCCCAUCUUCUUCUUUGUUCUAUUCACUCUUUUGUUUUCAACAUUGGAUAGUACCAAGUUCAUCAUCACUUCAAAGGUUUCUGACUCAAUUGUCAAUUAUACAGAUGAACAUGAUAAGACAUCAGUUUCGCUGGAGGAUGUUAAGGAAUAUUGCAUCAAGGCUUUGGGAUGGAUUGUUGUCAUUUCUGUUCUUGUCAUGAUUGGAGCCAUCAUGCGUAUAAUUGCAAUGACUCAAGCCUUUUUCAAUGUAUCAAGGAGAAUUCAUGAGUAUGCUGUAAACUCCAUCUUUACAAACAACUCUGCUGUGUUGAAGAUCAAGAAGUCGUUGAGUAGCAUUCAGACAUUUUUGUACGUGGACACAUUCUUCCUUGACAACUUCUUGAGUUACUUUAUUCACGACACGUUUGUACUCUCCAUUGAAACUGCAGUCCAGAUGUUGACACUCUUCUUCAUGAUGCCAUUGGUUACUCCGCUUACUGUCCUAUUUGGGUUUGUCAUUCUCCGGUACAUUGUAUACUACUACAUUAACUCCUGCAAGAAUGCAUAUUUUGCACGUUUGGAAACCUUUAACCAGAUAAAUGCUACAAUUGAAACGGCAAUAUCUGGCCUACCGCUCUAUCGUAGUUUCAAGAAGGAAUGGGAAUUGAUGCAUAGCCUUGUUGAGCAUGUUGAUUAUAACUUGAGAUGCAACUACUUGACUUUCUCCGCCACAACUUGGACAUCCAUUUCAUUCAGAACUCUGCUUUCUCCGUUGGCUCUUUUCAUACUCUUGUUCCCUCUGAUUAAGUCCAGGGUCUCUGGCACAGAAGUACAAGUGGGUUAUUACGCCAUGGCUUAUUCUGUAUUCUUGAGUCUUAAUGGUACAUUUGCAACCUUUCUCAAACUCUAUUGCUUCCUUGAGCUUUACAUGGGAUCAAUCAGGAGGUUUGAGAAUUUCGUCCCUCCAAGCACCAAGAUCAAGUUUGACAAAAGGAGGAACAUUCAUCAGACCGAUGUCAUUGUUGACCGUUCUGCGUCAAGUGGAGAUGAUAAGAUAGCAGAUGAGGAUAUCAAGGAUACCCUUCGCAAGAGGCGACGUAAUGAGUAUUCCGAAAGGAGGGGAUUACAUUGUGCUAGCCUCAAGAUGCUCCUCUUUAAGCAUAAGGUCAACAUAUUCGAUUCGUCCAAGUACGCAGUUCCGGGAGCAACCAGAAUACAGCUAAAGGAUGUCAGUGUACAUGUUAUCUCCAAGGAUUCCGAGGAUAAGUGUACCAUUUUAAAGAAUGUUACCUGUUCUGCGGAUACCUCGGACAUUAUCGGUAUUAUCGGAAGAACUGGAGCAGGGAAGUCUACUUUGCUUUCCGUACUUCAAAACCUUGCGGAGGAUAGAGAUGGUUCUGUAUUCUUAGAUGGUUGUGAUCUGAAUGAUAUGCCAAAGAAUGUGACUAGGCAGAUUAUAGGUGUCCUACCUCAACUACCAUUUGUCUUUAGAGGAUGGACUGUUCGCAGGUUCAUUGAUCCAAGAAUGUUAUUUGAUGAUAUCGGUAUUGAAAUGGCCCUGGAAAACUGUGGUUUGAUCAAGUUUGUCGAAAACAUUCCAGGUGGCAAGGGUCUUGAUACCAUCAUCAUACCCGAACACUAUCACAAGGAUCUACCAGAUUAUCUAAAGAGAGCUUAUUAUGGGCCUACUUUAAGACCUCACGAUGCCUCUUCUGCAGAUAAUGUGAACAUUGACUAUGGAGCGGCACUCUCAAACUCGCAACUUCGUACACUUUCAGUAGCAAGACUAGUGCUCUACAGGGAAUUUUACAAGGUCAUAAUAGUUGAUGAGCCUCCAGAGGAUGAACUUGGAGUAACAAAGGAGGGUGUCCCGAUUUAUGAAAUUCUAAGGGCGCACUUCCAACACUGUACAACAUUUAUUGCAGCCCACGAUGCAAAUGUUUUGCGCCUCUGCACUUCAAUUUGGGUCUUCCAUAGCGGCUCCCUCAUUAGGACCUGCAAGACAGAGGACAUUGCAGACAGUAGUUCACUCUCAAAGAUUAUAGAGGACUGUAUUAAACAGGCUCAAUGCAGCGCAGCUUAAAUUUCAAAAUGCAGAUUUUAAACACUGUUGUACCCUUGGUGGUCAUUUAACGAGGUAUCCUUGUUUGUAUUGUAAUGCAGCAAUCACACGCAAGUCUGAAAAUAGGACUUGUUAUAUUUGGUCAUCCCAGUUACGCAAGACUGAAGAUGUCUUGGGAGUUGUCCAGGAUCACAGGGGACAACAUCACACGUUUAAUGUUGGUGGAUUUUUACUCUCGACAAUCACAUUUUAAGCUCGCAUUUUCGGUGCACCAUUUUAAUAGUUACACGCUUCUUCC